UUGGGGAAGUUGGGAAGCAUCCUCGCACAAGAAGCGGAAUUGCUGGCUGGCGUUGCCGAUGACGCACGAUACAUAAUGGACGAGAUAGAAAGCAUGACUUCUUUGCUGAGAGUUCUGUCCUCCGGGCAAGAUCAUGAUGAGCUAGUGAAGACAUGGAUGAAGCAAGUUCGAGAGAUGGCUUACGUCGCUGAGGAUUCCAUUGAUGUGUUCAGAUAUCGUCUUGGGAGACAAAGUAGUGGUAUAAUGGAAGAUGAUUCAAUCAACUUCCAUCAAGCCAUGAAGGAUUCUAAUUCGGAUAAGUGGAUUGAAGCAAUGAAUCAAGAAUCCAUAAACUUCCUCACUGACACUGUUCGCCUGCUGAGGAGAUUGAAAGCUCGUCAUGACGUUGCCACUGACCUCCAGAAACUAAAGCUCCGAGCUUACCAUGUGAGUGAGAGGCGGGCACGCUACUUUCUGGAAAGUGGAGGUGCAACAAGCGCUCCCAACUCUUCUGACCCGCUGCACUCUGUUCCUCUGGGAGAAGUUCGACCCAAGAGGAUGGGUGGGGAUGAGCUCCCUGGGUGGCUAAUGGAUGCGAAGCAGCCUCAGCUUCAGGUUGGGGUAGUUCCCCCGAUGACAUUGCUGGUUCUCGGGGAUCUGGCGUUGCAUUUGGAUAAAACGGGAGUGGAGCAAUGUCUGGAUAACCUGGGAGAGGAUAAGAGGUAUUUAGUUGUCCUAGAUGAUAUACCGAUCAAUUCUGCCUGGGACUGCCUCAAAGAUGCAUUACCCGAUAAAAGGAAUGGGAGUAGGAUCAUAAUGAUAACCGCUGAUGAGGCGGUGGCCGGCGCUUGGUUUUCCCAUAACUAUCAUUCUGUGUCGGAGGAAGGUGGGCUCGUCGGUGUCAAGCCGCAGAGGGACGAUCUCAUCGAACGGAUUACGAAGGAGGGCCAGGACCAGUUUGGUGUAAUUGCAAUCGUAGGUUUCGGUGGCCUUGGCAAGACGACUCUAGCCAUGCAAGUCUUCGAGAGCCUGAAGGUAACCGGUAGCCACUUUCAUGCCUAUGCUUGGAUUGCCGUGUCACAAUCUUACAAGGUGGAGGUGCUUCUGCGAAGCAUCAUUCGACAACUCUCCAUCAGCGUCGUGGAGCAACUUCUAGAUAAGAUGCGAGAGGAAGAUCUGAGAAGGACGAUCAUAGGCCAUCUCCAGGACAAGAGGUAUUUGAUUGUUCUUGAUGAUACAUGGGAAAUUAGUGCCUGGGAUAGCUUCAAAGCUGCAUUACCUUAUAAUAGAAGUGGUAGUAGGAUCAUAGUCACAACUCGAAAUAAGACUGUGGCACACACUUGCUGUUCUCAUAACAGCUUUUGUAAUCACAUCCAUGAAGUCCAACCUCUCUCCACUCGGCAGUCCAUGAAGCUGUUUUGCAACAGUCUUUGGCAGAUCUGAUGCCCUGGAAAUUUGAUAAAGCUCACGGAAGACAUACUGAGAAAAUGUGAUGGACUACCACUGGCCAUCGUCACAAUAGCUGGCGCGCUGGCUGCCAAUCCCAAAAAGACGCCGGACGAGUGGCGGAAGUUGCACGACCACCUUGGUAUCGAGUUGGAAACCAAUGAUAGUCUAAAGAAUAUAAAUCGUGUACUUCUUUUGAGUUACAAUGACUUACCUUAUCUUCUCAAGCCUUGCUUCUUGUACCUCAGUAUUUUCACUGAAGAUUAUGAGAUCGAUCGAAAGCGUUUGGUGAGGAGAUGGAUAGCCGAAGGACUGGUCAAUGGAAGGCGUGGCAUGUCCGAUGAGGAAGUUGCGGAGGGUUACUUCAACGAGCUAAUCGACCGCAGCUUGAUCCAACCAUCAAAGAUUGAUGUUGUUGGAAAGGUGAAAACUUGUCGGGUGCAUGAUAUAAUGCUGGAGGUCAUAGUUUCCAUGUCCGUGGAGGAGAACUUCGUAACGGUGCUGAGUGAGCAUUCUACGAUGAUCCCCCACAAUAAGGUCAGGCGCUUAGCACAACAAGGAGAAAGCACCAUCAAAGAUGAUCUCUACCUAUCUCAGAUCCGAUCGCUCACAACAUUUGGUAACGUGAUACCUUUGCAUGACUAUGGGAAGAUGAGGCUGCUCAGAGUGUUGGACUUGCAAGAAUGUAGGAGCCUUCGUCACGUUCACCUCAAGAAUAUCGGCAAGUUGUUUCUUUUGAACUUCCUAUCUCUGCGAAACAGUAGAUGCAUCAAGAAGCUUCCGGGUUCUAUCGGCGGCCUGUCGAACCUCCAAUUUCUGGACGUCAGAGAAACCGAUAUACAAAAGUUACCUAGAGCAGUUGUGAAGCUCCAGAGACUGGCAUAUCUUCGUGGCAGCUGGUUUUAUGGCGGUUUGAUGUUACCCAAAGGAAUAAGGAAGAUGAAGGGACUACAGAACUUAGGAGUGAUAACUGGUACCGACGGAGCUGUGCUGCGGGAGAUUGGUGAACUUACCCAACUGAAGAAGCUAAGUGUUGAGUUCAAAUCAAGAUACAAGCGGGGAAGUAGAUUUCAUGGUUGCAGAUCGGUUGUAGAUAAUUAUGAUCUUCCAAAACUUAGGAGGGAGCUAUCCACAUCGCUUCAGAAAAUUAACAGCUCCCUUCGAUCUUUGACACUUACCGACCGAAGUGAUCGAGUAAUUAGAUCCUUAAAUGACCUCGAUCCAGCACCCUUACUCCUCGGGAAACUACAUCUCAAUGGUCCUAUACUAACUCUACCUGCUUGGUUCCCGAAACUGGAUCAGAUCGCCAAGAUAAAUCUGAGGAACACGUAUCUUGACCCGGAUGUUAUCCAAGUCCUAAAAGAUCUUCCUGGACUGGUCCAGUUGAAACUUGGACCUCGUUCAUUCCAAUUCUGGAGGGAAGAAGAAUCAGAACAACAACCGGAAACAUUGCAUUUCGGUCGUGAAGGAUUCACGGCCCUCAGGAUAUUCCAAACUGGUUCUUUGAAUGUGAGUUUCGAAGAUGGGGCACAGCCAACAAAACUGGAACUACUGAGAUCGGACCCGAUAAGUUCUUCGAGAGGGAAAUGA